CCCAAAAAACUGAGACGUGAAGGACUGAGAGUCGUCAGGACUCAGGAGUGAGACUAAAAGUAGAAGAAUAAACAGCAAUGUCACACUCCCUUUCGCCCUAUGAGCUUUUUCAGUCGUUCUUCUUCAUUGCCGUCGCCCGAUAAAUUACCGAAACGCAAAUCAUCUGCUUUCCCCGUCUCCAUCUCAACUCUCCUGAAAGCAUGCAAAACAAUCCGAAAUCUUGAACAGGUACAUGCGCAGAUCGUUCAGAAGGGCGUAGAACAAGAUAACUUUCUUAUAAACCAGUUCAUUUGUCUCUGUAACUCAUUCUCUAACAUCCGAUACGCUACGAGCGUUUUCAAUCGUGUCUCUCGGCCUAAUAUCUAUCUCUGGAACUCAGUCAUCAGAGGGCAUUGCGGGAACUCGUCUGUGAUUCAGACAAUUUCGAUUUUUAAUCGUAUGAAGCGGUCGGAAACGGUUCCUGACAAAUAUACGUUUCCCUCUUUGAUAAAGGCGUGCUCGAAUGAGUUGGCCAUUAGGGAAGGAAAGGCAAUUCAUGGUUCGGUAGUGAGAUACGGAGUUGAAGCAGAUAUCUUUGUUAGGACGAGUUUGAUUGAUUUGUAUGGGAAGUGUCGUCAAAUUGUGUGUGCUCGGAAGGUCUUUGAUGGGAUGUUCGAGAGAAAUGAGGUUUCUUGGACGGCCAUGAUAGUUGGGUAUUUGACGUUUGGAGAUUUAGUUGCAGCUAGGAAGAUGUUUGAUGAAAUGCCUUAUCGGAAUCUCGCUUCCUGGAAUGCAAUGAUGUGUGGCUAUUUGAAAUUUGGUGAUUUGGAAAGUGCUCGAAGGCUUUUUGAUGAAAUGACAGAGAGGAAUGUGGUUUCUUUCACUUCUUUGAUUGAUGGGUAUGCAAAGGCGGGUGACAUGGUUUCUGCGCGACUUCUAUUUGACCAGUCUCCUGUUAGAGAUAUUGUAGCGUGGUCGGCACUAAUAGCUGGAUAUAGUCAGAAUGGUCAGCCUCAUAUGGCUGUAAAAAUCUUCCUUGAGAUGCAUGCGCAGAACGUUAAACCUGAUGAAUUUGUAUUGGUGAGCUUAAUGUCUGCAUGCUCUCAAGUUGGUAGUUUGGAGCUAGCCAAAUGGAUUGAUUCCUACGUGACCCAGAGCUUAAUCGACCUAAGUCAAGUUCAUGUAAAUGCAGCUCUUAUAGAUAUGAAUGCAAAGUGCGGGAAUAUGGAAAGGGCAUCUCAUUUAUUUGAAGACAUGCCACAGCGUGACUUGAUCUCCUAUUGUUCAAUGAUCCAAGGUCUUUCAAUGCACGGGUAUGGGACCCUGGCUGUUCAUCUCUUUGAUCGGAUGUUGGACGAAGGCCUGACCCCGGACAACGUGGCCUUCACAGUUGUCCUGACAGCUUGUAGUCAUGCAGGCCUUGUCGAAGAGGGAUACCGGUACUUCAAUUCUAUGAAAAAUGACUUCUCCAUAGUUCCCUCUCCAGAUCACUAUGCCUGUAUGGUUGAUCUUCUUGGCCGGUCUGGACAAUUAAAAGCAGCUUAUCAUCUCAUAGAAUCAAUGCCUGUGGAGCCUCAUGCUGGUGCUUGGGGUGCAUUGCUUGGUGCUUGUAGGUUACAUGGAAAUAUUGAGAUUGGAGAGGUGGUAGCUGGCCGACUUUUUGAGCUUGAGCCUUUAAAUGCAGGUAACUAUGUAUUGCUAUCAAACAUUUAUGCAGCAGCAGACCGGUGGCUUGAUGUUUCUAAGGUGAGACACAAGAUGAGGGAGAGGGGAGUUAGAAAGAUACCUGGUUGCAGUUGGAUUUAGUUUUGAAGGAUGCAAUCUUUUUCUGGUUUCUUCUCCCAUUUGUACCAGUAACUUAUGGCGUUCAUGAUUUGUGAGAUUUGGUUCCAUACUGAGCCAUUCCAUAACCAAAUUGUAGAGCUUUUCAAGCCAGAACUGUACCUGAGGAUAUAAACUUCAAAUAGAUCAGAUUUAAAUCUUGCAUGGCAGUUGGCUUAUCACCAUGGACUUGUAACUUGGUUAGGAGUUUGGACAACCAUUUUGAGAACAUGUUUUCCCAUGGAAUUUACGUCUAAGGCUUUUGAUGCGUACACUCUGGUUUUUAAUCCUGGUUUCUCCAUCUUGUCGAAUACUGCUCUGAGUGAGACUGAAGCCUGGGCUAAAGCACUACAAUUCAAAGCUUCUCUGUAUUUCAGCCUAUAAAUGUUGCUAGCUAGAUGACUACUUCAGUGAAUUUCAAAUAUCUGGUUCAGACUGAGUACAAAUACAGACUCCCAGUUUGAUCAGGGGUUCUGUGGAGCAUAUAGACAAACAUUUUGAUGGAUUGUCAUGCCAGUUCUAUUUCACUGGGUUCUUGAGAAAACUUGGUAAUCAUGCAUUUAGAGUUGUAACAUCUGCUUCAGCAUGAACUCUGAUUACUCAAAUCUGAGCAUUUCUUUUACCA